CACUAUUCGCGGGUUUCCGAGGAGACCUGGGAACAGGAAAGAGAAGGGAAAUACCAACAAGUGACAGUAGUUUGCCAAUCACCGCCCUUAAUCUGAUACAGCAGGUAGCUAGUCCUAAAUUCCAGGUGCCGGGCCGACAUCCAAACACGGUCGCCGCCAUUGCCUGAAGUCCUUAUGCUCAUCUGACUGUCCGUCCCUCCUGUAUGGCACGGCGCCCCUUGAGGCAAGGAUAUGAGAAAACUGUUUGUGAUCCUAACAGAGCAGGUCCAACUUGAGUGGCAGAUCUGUUGGCCUUGGAGUGGCUGAAGACCACCAUCCUUCACAGGGCUACGCCCAGGCACAGCCAUCCUUCCCUACCUUGAGUGAGCUUCCUCUGCAUAUUGUCUAUAUCACUGGCAGAGUCUAUAGUUGGACAGGGGACUGAGUGGCUAUUGGACUUUGUAUGAAAACACCAACCUGAGACAGACCUUGGGUCAAGGCUGAGAUAGGAGUCAGGAGUAAGAUUAUAUAACUUGGCCUUGCCUUAAACUUGGACCAUGGUUGGCCCCAGGGCUGGGGCAAGGGAUAGAGGAGAGACUGGGGCUGAUGCAAAAGCUGGAAUUAGUAGCUAUGCCAAUGCUAAAGUGAAGACUAAGACCCAGGCCAAGGCAGUGGCUGAGGCAGAACCAAAAACAGAAUCAAGCACCCAGGCCAAGGCUGACGAUGGAGCAGUGGCCAGGAUACAGACAAUGACCUACAAUGAGGCUGUGGCUGUGACAAGGGAAGUAAGCAAGAUGGAAGAUAUUACUAAGACUAGAAUUAUGGUUGAGACUAAGGCAAAAUCCCUGGCAGAACCUGGUAUAGUGUCCCAAGCCAAGUCAAAGGUCACGCCUGUGUCUAGGGUCGGUAACCCAACCAAGUCUAAACUCAAAGAUGGUGCUGGCAGUGCGGCAAGUAUCAGGUCCUGUGUCAAGGCUGGGACUGGGGACAAAGCUGAUAUUGGGAUCAAAUGUAGUGAUGAGGAUGAGGAAAAUGUCUGCUCCUGGUUCUGGACUGGAGAAGGGCCUAGUUUAGGGUCCUGGUUCUGGCCUGAAGAAGAGACUCCUCUUCAAGUUUAUGAACCUCUACCUAAGAUCCCCAAAAAGCCCAAGCCCACAGUCAAACCCAUACAUACUAUAAAACAAAAGGCAAUAGUGUGCUAAAGGGUCAAGUAUAUUGUCCUAGUCCCAAUUGAGGAAGAGGAUCUAUCCUUGUCUCCAGAAGGGAACUGGACCUUGUUUGAGACCUUGAUUGAAACUCCUCUGGGGAUUCGACCUCUGACCAAGAUCCCACCUUAUAAUGGGCCUUACUUCCAGACCUUAGCUGAGAUUAAAGAAGAGGUUAGGCGAAGGGCAAAGUAUGGGCCUAGACCAAGGGCCUGCCGCUGCAAAUCACAAGCCUUUAGUCUAGAGCCUAAAGAGUUUGAUAAACUUGUUGCCCUGCUUAAGCUAACCAGUGAUCCUUUCAUUCAUGAAAUAGCUACAAUGAUAAUGGGCAUCACUCCUGCUUAUCCAUUUACUCAAGAUAUAAUUCAUGAUGUAAGUAUUACUUUCAUGAUUGAAUACUUGAUAAAUAAUCCCAAUGGUAAAGAGUACCCUAGAGCUUUAAAUAUGGCGGAUGCCAACUUUGAAUCUUCUGAAGAACUGAAAGCAGGAGAGUCAUACAUACAUAAAGUUUGUAAGGGUAUAAUCUCUUACCCCUUAAUUUUUUCUGUGCAACUGGCUGGACUAAAAUUACUAGCACAUCUGAGUAUAGAAUUCAAGGGUCACCACAUGAUUACCAAUUACGUUCCAGAUUUCCUCACCUUGUUAAGCAAGGGUAAUGUCAAAAUCAAGGUUUAUGUUUUAAAAGUGUUUUUGUGCUUGUCUAGAAAUCAAACCAAUAUAAGGGAACUGAUCAGUGCCACAGUUCUGUCAUCACUAGUAGCAUCCUUUAAUAAGAAUAUAAAUUUCCAAUUUAAAAAAAGGGUGAAGCUAUUUACCAAGGAAGAGUUCAGUAAAUGUGAUUUUUCCCUAUUCCAGGAAACAAAAAAGUUUGGUCAGAAACUCCAAUACUUAGCAGACCACAGUGAUCCUGAGGUGAGAGAUAAAGUCAUACGAUUAAUAUUCAAACUCUGGGCUGCCAUCUGUUCUUAUAAAGCCUAAAAUAGUUUUCUGGAGUUGCAGUAUGAAACCAAUGCAUAUUAUUAUUAUAAAUAAUUAUAAACUCAGUACUUAUAUUCUCUGUGUUGAUUGAAGGAGACAAUUUUGUGAAUACCAAUUGAUUUUGAGAUCUUGAACAUUUGUAAAUUUUUACUGUGCUAUAUAAUAUAAAUUGAGAUAUUUUUAGUAUUUCUGCUAUGUGACUUGAUAAUGAACCUAUUUAUCUUGAAUAAGCUAUACCUCUGUGUUUUAUAUUGUUAUAAAUGUAUUACUUUGGAAUUUCACUUACAUGUUAAUAAAGUUUCAUGCUAAAACUGGUGGAAAA